AUGGAAGGCUUUCAAAACUAUAUAGCAAGCAUUAACAUUGCAAUAGAGUCAAUAGAGCAACUGCAAGGAGAUAUUACGGAUUUGAUUUGGAACUCAAAGGGAAAUUUCAUGAAAAGGAUUUUACCUAUCGACAGAUUCCAAACCCAAAUAGCAACAAUUACGGCAAAUUUAAAUGAUGACUUAAAAUUGCCAGAUACCGACCCGUUUGAGCUAUCAAAAAUAUCACGGGUCACAGCCACUAUAAACCAAGGCUUCUGUUUAGUGCGAAUUCAAAUACCACUUAUACAAAGCCAACAGCUACAGUUAUUUGCAUUGACCAGUUAUCCGAUUCUGCACGACGGCUACUUCGUGAGCUUUAAACUCGCAUAUGAAUAUCUGGUAGUAAAUAAGGAGAAAUCAAUGUAUAGUAGCCUGAAAGAAACUAAAUAUUCGUAUUGCCAGAAAAUGAGAAGAAUCACGCUGUGUCCCCAAAUUGGACCACUCUACAAUGUAAGAAAGGACCAGUCGUGCGAACUAGAGCUAUUCUUUAAUUCGAAGCAAUUACCAUUAUCAUGUGUGGUGAAUAUAAUGCCUCUGCAAGAAGUUUGGUUGCAGCUUAAAUCCUCAAAUAGCUGGCUGUACUCCGUCCCUGAAGACACAAAGGCAGAAGUCAGUUGCGGCAGCUCUUAUACGGCACAUACUUUAGUUGAGCAAGGCAUUGUAAAACUGCAACCUGGCUGCCACUUAACAACCGCGAUAGUAAGCGUUUUGGCACACAAGGCACCAACCACUGUUAUUCAGUACAAUAUGCCCCCAAUUAAUAUGAGCAGGAGUUUCCGCUCAUGA